CUCCGAGGUGAGCAAAUCUGGCUUAAAAUGGGAUCGUAGCAAGAAGUUGGCGGGCAUUCUUUUGGGCCAGGAGCACCGUUUGUCAUCUUCCUCGAGCAAUGCAAGUCGCAGUACAGCCAAUAUGCACGAAGAGUUGGCGGCACUCCAGCCCGGUACUGAAGACCUGGUCGAGCAGUUUGGUCAGGCUAGCUCAGGCUACCUUCCUUUCUAUUUAACUGGCGUCACAGAUUCCACUAGUCUAUCCAGGACGCUGGGACCGCCGCCUAGUCUUGACUCACUUCUUAGCUCCGCUGUUGUACAUGUUGAUGAAAUUCUCAACUACCCACUUCCCAAAGAACACUGGCACGGUUUUCAUAUCUACGCCUCGGUGUCUCUACAGGGCAACAGUCAAGUGAAUGUUAGCGGAGUCAGUAAACACUCUGAGGAUAACGAGAUUGCUGGACAAAUGAUUCUCUUGCCACCGGUGCUUACCCACUCGAUCGGGGGAAGCAUCGGGGCCAGUGGUGGGGGCAUUCAUGAAAGGCCUUGGGCCUCGUUUAAUGACCAGCUC